GUAAGAUAUUGAUCGUUUUUCUUCUAUAACCUUGAGAUUAUUUCGUAAAAAUAGAUAAAUAUUACGCUGACAUUAUAGCUUAUUGUCAGACACGCAGUAUUCAUUGUAACACAAAUAGUGCUAUUACUUUGGAUAGAAAUAAAUUGAGAAUAAAAUUUCAACAUUUUUAAUUCAAUAAUAUAAUUACGAAAAGCUGAAGAAAGAGUUAAUAUCAUUGGCAAUAUGGAAACUUCUAGGAAAAAAAAUGAUACAUUUUAUAUAAAAAACAAUAUUUUAAUAGGACAGGAAACUUUGAAUCUAGAUGAAAAAAAUUGUAUAAAUAUUGGGGAACUAAUUUUAAAAUCCUUCGAGUCUAACUCGAAUUUUAUUGGCCAGGUGAAUGCCAUAACGAAAGAAGUAAAUACGUUUGAAGACAUGAGAGGGAAGAGUGUGAAAUGUGCAUUAUGGAUGCAAAAAUUGGGUGUUCAACCCAAUGAUGUAAUAAUGAUAUGCACAAACAAUCAUUUAGACGCUUAUGUACCGUUUCUGGCGGCUUUAUACAUCGGUGCUAUUGUUAGUCCAUUGGAUCAGUAUUUUGCCGAAGACAAUUUAAGUUAUUUUUUGGAACAAGUUAAGCCAGUUAUGCUCUUUAUUGAUGAAAAGUUUUAUGAGAUAGCUUAUCGUUCCGCGAAUCAAUUAAAUCUUCUUAAAAACAUACCAAACCCAACAAUCAUUGCUUUUCAUGAAAUUAAAAAUAAAGAUUUAUUAAAUAAAUAUAAUAAUUUAUCAACUCUAGAAAAAAUUAUUAAUGACUACUACGAUAUAAUAAGUGUUAAACAUUUUUCCUGUGCAAAAGUGGUAAAUAUGAAGUCAACUGCGAUGAUAUUGUUUACUUCAGGCACAACUGCUUUUCCCGAACUUGUAAAAAUUCCUCAUUUAGCUUUCAUGGCUCCAUCAGAUCAACAAGCACCCAAUAUGCUUAAAAAUGAUAUCGCUCUGUUGUUCGAAUCCUUGUGUUUUAUCAAUGGCAUAUUCAUAACUAUUCAGGCUAUUCUUCUACAAGUAACAAUAAUCAGGAUUAAAAUACAGUUUGAUGCAGAAGUAGCAUGUAUCCUAAUAGAAAAAUUCAAGGUAACAUGGGCGUUUCUUGAAACUAGUAUGUGCUACCAUUUAAUUAACGAUAAGUCUUAUGAUCGUAAAAAAUAUGAUGUGUCCUCUCUAAGGACAAUUGUAUUCACCGGUUCGACAAUCCAGUCAUACAAAGUUCACGAAGAACUUAAAGCGUGGCUACCUAAGACUUCUAUUCUUCAAGCAUACAGUUUGACUGAAACAGGCAUCAUCGCUUAUCAGCGAGAAUCAGGGAAAAUCGAAUCCAGUGGUUAUGUGAGUGCUGAUGUUCAAUUAAAGUUCAUCUCUUUAAACUCUCCAGAUCAAUUAUUAGGUCCAAACAUGUAUGGUGAGAUUUGCUGCAUUUCUCCUUACAUGAUGGGAGGUCAAGAACUUGACGAUUUUUCUAAUUCGAACAAGUUACUCAUUUCAAUCUGGUUCAAAACCGGAGAUAUCGGUUAUUACGAUGAAGAUGGCAAUAUAUAUAUCAUCGAGCGAAUAAAGUAUUUUCUUGAGGUGAAAAAUAAUCAAUUGUCACCAACAAUAUUCGAAAAUAUAUUAUAUAAUUAUCCAGAGGUGUUUGAAGCCGUUAUAAUAUAUGUACCGAGCCAUAAUAAUGAUAAAUAUGUAAUAGCGUUUGUUACAAAGAUGUCUGGAAUAGAGGUGACAGAAAUGGAACUGAAACAACUUGUGACAAAAGAUUCUAGCAACAAUGAGCUUCGGAAUGUGAUAUUCCUUCCUUAUCUGCCACGCUUUUCUAAUGGAAAAAUUAAUCGCAAGUUACUUUAUAAAAUGGCCCGUAACAUAUUUUAUGAAAGUACAUAAUUUCUGAUUAAUCUGUCAACAGAGCAUUAUAACUUAUGAUCUAUCUACAGCAACAAAAUAAUCUGACAAUUACAAAGACAAAUACAAAAUUAUAAAACAUGUUCAAAUCAUUAUUUAAAUACAUGAAUCAAGAUGUAAUAUUAAAUUAUAUAAUAAAAUAAUUGUACAAUAAUUAUACAAUAAUGCAAUUUAGCAGUUUUAAUAAAAAGAUAUGUAUGUACUAAAGUUUAUAAUUAACGUAAAAUAUUUCUUAUCAAAAAUAAAAAAUUUAAUAUUUUAUACAAUGUUGUGUAGACAUAAGCAAAUUUGAUUGAAAUC